UCCAAAACCCCACAUAUACAUAGCUUAAAACUUACAACCAACACACACUCAUCACUUUCAAUCACUCUUUCGCUUUUCCCCCUUCUCUCUCUCUCGCUCUCGCGCUCUUGCAAUUCCAACAAGGGUCAGAAGAAGGGUUCGAAGAAGAAGAAGAAGAUGCAGAUCUUUGUGAAGACUUUGACUGGAAAGACCAUCACCCUCGAGGUUGAGAGCAGCGACACCAUCGACAACGUCAAGGCCAAGAUCCAGGACAAGGAAGGCAUCCCUCCGGAUCAGCAAAGGUUGAUUUUUGCCGGUAAGCAGCUGGAAGAUGGCCGCACUCUUGCUGAUUAUAACAUACAAAAGGAAUCGACUCUUCAUUCGGUCUUGAGGCUCAGGGGAGGAACUAUGAUUAAAGUCAAGACUCUAACUGGGAAAGAAAUUGAAAUUGACAUUGAGCCAACUGAUACAAUUGACCGGAUCAAGGAACGUGUUGAAGAAAAAGAGGGAAUUCCACCUGUGCAGCAGAGGCUCAUAUACGCUGGUAAACAGCUUGCUGAUGACAAAACUGCUAAAGAGUACAACAUUGAGGGUGGUUCUGUACUUCACUUAGUGCUUGCAUUGAGGGGUGGUAGUUAUUAAAAUUAGUUUUUCAGGCAUGGUCUUGAUAAAUGCCUGACUCGCAUCUGAACUUUAAGACAUGAAAGAAAGUUAUAUACUGCUCUGUCUCUGAAGACAUCAUUGGUCUUUUAUGUGCUUGGAUUUUGUAAUUUUAAGGCUACUAUUGGGGUUAAAUAUCUUGAACUUGUAUGCUUUUAA